AUGACGUUAUCAGAACCCACAGAUUGUAUAUUUUACAAUGGAACCUGCGUGGAACAUGAUCCUGGUCGCAUACUGCAAAUUUUCUCAAUAGAGGUGGCUAGUAUUUCUCUGGAUAGUGGCUCAGUAGAGUUGUACGGAUACAUAGCCACACGGGAUGUCAUAGAUCCAUUGCUUAAUUAUGUCAUCAGUUUUAUCAGGGAUGAUCCCAUCAUUGUGAGGCAGGGUUCUGUCAUCAACAUGAUUGGCCCUAAGCGAGGGAUCGACAUUUAUGACCUUACUUUAAUCGAAUAUGACAUCAGGAUCAAGACAGGUGAACAUGAAAAAGAUGACCUACAGCUGAUCGAUGGUGCAUCAAUCAUAACCCAUGUAGGCACAUGGAAUCGUCCAUGCUCGAUUUGCAUCCCUGGAGAUUGUGGUGCAGUUGAAAUAAAUUUUUCUCGUGUUGAACCCGCAGUUGAGGCUACUAUAGAGGUUCUCAUAUCGGAAGUGCAAAGCAGUUUCAGUUUGUCCCAUGGUUGUUUAACCAGUGAGUUGAUUAAGGAAAUCCAACUCUUCUUAAAGAGGUUUGUAGUUGCUGUAGUUAUGGAUUCUUUGAUAGAUUUAAAAUUCAAUGUAGGUACGCUGCCAUUCAAUUUCGACCAACGGCGAUGUACCUUUGAGGCAAAAACCCAUGGACAUGAUACACAGGAAAUAAAGACAGAUUUUGCGUUACUCUCGGUGAAGGUGACUUGGUCAACUUUGCCUCGUGGGACACUGGGCCUGUAG